AGCUACCCAAACUGUAUCUACAAAACCUAGGCAGUAACGUUUAUGAUGCUUCCGGGCUAGUUUGCUACUAGCUCGUGGCUAGCUUUGUAGAACAGCCAAAUCAGUGCGGCAGAGUUUGGCAGCAGCAGUGAAACGACUGCAUUGAAAUAGAAAGCCCCAUCACAUUUUCUAUAAGGCCAAUGUUUAUAUCUGCUUUGGAUCCAUUCACAGCGGGGGCCACACGCAGUGCUCCGCCAAAAAGCCUGCACUCCGCUUCGAUCAACAUAAGCGGAAUUCAUGCUUUGCGCACACCCUCCUGCGCCCAUGUUCCUAUUCACACUUAUAAUCGAGGGUUUGUGAUGUGUCCGCGUACGUAGGCUGUUUCCAGGCGUUGUAGCACAUGCACGGUCGUGGCUUUUGCUGUGUGGGCCGCGCGCACGGACACAAUCUUUUGACCUGCACGCGGACUAAGUCGAGAUGCCAAGACAUUGCUCAGCAGGAGGUUGCAAAUCUCGAGAUAACCGUGAGACUCGUAAUGCUGGUAUCACCUUUCACAAAUUACCAAAAGGAGCAACUCGGAGAAACCUCUGGAUCACCAACUCUCAUCGUGCAGAAACCUGGGAUCCUCGGACUAACUUUGUCUACUUUUGUUCGAAACACUUCACUCCUGAGAGCUUUGAGCUGACCGGAUGCAGUGGGAUCAGAAGACUGAAAGAAGAUGCAUUUCCAACAGUAUUUGAUUCCUCUUCAACAACCAAUUUCAAAAGAGCAGGAACGCAGCAGAAACAAGAAGAGAUUCCUGUCAGUAGGAAGACCCCCUGCUCAUGUGAUCAGGAGAACACUCAGCAGGAGACAGACCAGGGGCAGGCUUUAGAAGAGCCCACAGUUCAGAGGUCAGUGGCAGCAGUCAAGGAGCUGCAUGAAAACAAGCCUGCAUCUUCUCAAGGGCCAUCAGUGGUGAAGCAGCUCUACCAGCAAGAACACGCUCCUUCACCACCAUCAGAGCUUCGCCCCCUCUCCCCAUCAUGCUACAUGAGGCGCCUGCCCCCUCCUCCAGGCUUCUACCUGUCAAAGGAGCACAGCUACGCUCAGCUCUGCCCCCUGCUGUGGAGGAGACGUUACGACCAGGCUAUUGAUUGCUUGGAGAAGGCCUUACACCAGCUGCAUGCAGCCAGGCGGAGGGAGAACCGGCUACGGAGCACUGUGCUGAGGCUUCGGGAUAAACAGUUGAAGCACACGCUGCUUGUGUCACGAGACGGUUGUAAAAACAAGGCCAAGUGGCCUCCAGGGAAGGACAAAGGACAAGGCAAGCAAGGCUCUAACCAGGAGGAGCGUGAGACUGAUGCUGCACCUGAGGAUACAGGGUUGUUUGAGGAUAGAUGUGUGGAUCAGAUGGAGAUGGGGGGUCAUUUUGUUCCAGACACCAACAGCUGGUCUGAAGAGGAGAGAGGAUACUGCUUUUACUGUGGAAGAGGGCAAAUGCAGGUGCGUGACCAGGGCGCAUGCACACUUUCAAAGACGAGGAAGGAUGUCCAGCCAAUGGAGCACGAGGACUCGCUGAUGGUUGAAAGCAGUACUUGUGGUACAGCUGAACAUACCAAAGACAUAUGGAUAGACAGGCUGGAGAGACCACUUGGGAAAAAUGUUGAAACACAUUCCCAGGUCCUGCUCCAGACUCCCAGUCUUCAACAUGUGAUCUCUGCUGGGGUGUCUCCGCCUAGUACUCAUGAGCAGGGCUUGCGGCUUUCAGGCUCUCAGCGUAAGCUGCUGCUCUCUGAUAUAUGUGAAGCAGAGUCUGAAGCUGUGGGUCCAGGGCAUCACCUGGACCUGCAGCAGCAGCUGUUUUGGAUACAGGACUGUGCUGAGGGACAGGUCAUUCUGGUGCCUGUCCCUGCUGAGCAGGGAGCACAAAGCUUUCUCAAGAAGGAGGGGGUCGAUGACAAAACACAAACCAUAAUGAUGGCAGAACUGGAUCCUAAAGGAGACUUGGGACUGAUGACGGAGAACAGUGGAGCUCUGGCCAAAGUCGAAACAGCCUGUGAUGAUGAACACAGUGACCAGCAGUCUGUGAUCAACAGUGGAUCGGUGGAAAGGAGAGAAGAUGUGAGGGAGAAGCUUAAAGAGCACCUGGAGGGAUUUCACCUUCAGCUGAGCACUGAGUUUAUAAGCUAACGGGAUGUUCUGGAGUUUCCCCAAUGUGGGAUCAAUAAAGUUCUACCCUACCCUUCUCAAUAAAUUUUGUGACCACAGAUUGAACAGCUGAAUAAUUCAUCUUUCUGAGAUAGAGUAAGCUGAAUGUUGGCUAAACCUAAAUGUGUAUUUCAAAGGCCGCUUGGCCUUUGGAAUAUAUGACACUGCUUCAUAAUCAACAAAGCAAGCAGUCAGAUAUAAUGUUGCUGUAGAACCAAAAACCUCAUUUAGCACACAGUGCUUUGGUAUUUUAGAAACAUGAAAGUCCCUGGAGAAAUGUGCAGAGUGUGUGUAUCAGUGCCCAAAAUGUUUUCUUCCUCUGUCACAGAGCUGCACUGUUGUCCAGAAAUGAUUAAAAACACAUCGGUGAGCCACACCUCUGCAGUGGGUGAUAUGUUCCUUCAUCACCACGAACACACGCACAGUGCAGUUUAUUUUGAUUCAAUCCCACAUACGCCUUCCUGCAGCCACACAUACUCACUAGCACACCCAAAUGUGAAAUGAAAUUACUGAACCUUUAUUUUGAAAAUGAAGCUUGAUAUUUGUGAAGUGUUUGUAAAGAUUUAAAUUUGCACUUGGAACCAUAGUGAUUUAAUUUGUACAUAAAAAGCCUUAAAGAUAUAUUUAUUAAAAGUUUGGAAGUAUGUUGUCCCCA